AUGGGGUCUCCCAACUACAACCAGCAAACUGGGCUCCAAAUCGAUGACUGCUCCCUAGGGUUCUGCAGCGUCUACUGCCCACAGUGGUGCUUCAUUGUUCAGAAGCCGCCGCCGCCCUUCGGCCCGCCUGAGGACGCCGCCGGCAGCCCCGGCUUCUCCCCGCUCUUCAUCAUCGUCAUCGGAAUCCUAGCCAGUGCCUUCAUGCUCAUCCUCUACUACGCCGUCAUCACCAGGUACUGCAGCAGGUUCGACCCCCUCGGGAGGCGACGGAGCGGCGGCGAUUCCGCCGCCGCCCCCCCCCUCGACUGGUAUUACUCGCCGGCCGGUGGCGGGCUGGAGGAGUCGCUGAUCAGGUCCCUCGGAGAGAUCAAGUUCGUCAACGGGGAGGGGAUCGUGGGGACCUGCGAUUGCUCGGUCUGCCUCGGAGAGUUCCAGGAGGGAGAAGCCCUGCGGCUUCUCCCCAAGUGCACCCACGCAUUCCACCUUCCCUGCAUCGACAUGUGGCUCAGGUCCCACUCCACAUGCCCCCUCUGCCGGACCAACGUGGUAGCGCCACCGGUGCAGCCCACGUCGUCGCCGGAGCUCCAGCGAGAAGCCAUUGCAACUGACCCCGAAGAUGCAGAAGAAGAAGAAGGUGGUGGCGGAGAAGACGACCGGGGAGAUGUCGAAGGUGGAGGAGUCCACCACGAGUUGGGGGAUCCCAUCGGAGGAAGAGGAGUUCAGGCCAUUCGGCGCUCAUUGUCCGUGAUGGAUGCCUCCCGUCUGGACCUCGAGUCCAGUUUUCCGCCGCCGGCGGCGAAAGAGCCCCACCAUUCCGCUGCCGAGCACGUCGAGGGGCCGUCGGCGGUUCGAAAGGUUACCUUCGCCAGGACUGGAGCACCCAUGAAGAGGUCCUUCUCCUGCGGUAGAUUCGCCUUCACCCGGCACAGUAGCUGGAGCCACAGCAUCCUCCCCUUAUGA